AUGAUCAUUCACGUAAGGUGCGCAAGAUGUCGUCGAUGUAACAUGCGAGUCUCAUCUGGUACAGAUCUAUCUCGAGAAGGGCUGUGUACAACCUGCAGCUCACUUCGGAAAUGUCCGAAAUGUUCGAAAGUGUAUAAUCUCGGUGAAAAGAUUAUCAAGUGUAAUGGCAUGGAUGACGACUACAUCCAAGAUGAACUGGAAAUACUAUCUUCAAGUGGUCGUGGUCGAGGUGUAGGGCGAGGAGGUGGUCCAGGUCGACGAGUCCCGAAACUAGGUGUUGGUGGAUUUUUCGUGAAGAUUCCACGUCAUCGUCUGUUGACAAUGGAGGAUGAUCUGCCAGAUGAAGACGGUAAUAAACGGCAAAAGCGUCCUCGAAAACCACGAAGAAGUCAAUUGGAGGACGCCUAUCCGCCGGCUAUUCAGGAAGGUUUUUUCGGAAUGCGUCCUGUUGAAGGAAAAGCUUUGAUUGAUGCUGUUGUUGAAGAACCAUCCUUAGCUGAAUACGGUAAAGGACGAACAAUUACUGGUACUGAGGCAGGAAGUCGUGGACAUGAACUUUCUCAUGAGGCUACUGAGCAGUUGAAGAAUGAUCUUACAGAGGUAGAUAUCCUUGAACACCUUGAUAUCGGUGAAGUGGAUUUGGACAACAUGGAUAUGGAUUUUACCAGCUGGAUGGAAGAUGAUGAAGAUGACGAUUUUGAUGACAGUUUGAAUGGUAUGUUGCUUUUAACACCAUUGUUUUCUUUUUUUAUGUGGGUUGAGUCGUUGCAACUUGAUUUAGAUGCUUUUGAUAUAGUGAAAGCCGACGGUUUCGAACCAACUACUAACAACACUGAUUCUGCAUCCACUUCUUCCACUUCUGCUCCAAAUGGUCCGACAAGUCAGUGA